GCACGUCCUGUUUUAAAUGCCAUAGAACCUACAUACAUAAAAAUAGAUUCCCAAUAGAAGCAAUGCCGUACCUUAGAAUGAAUUCAGAGGUACCGCCCGUACAGUCGCUCGCUGUCGCCUCUGAAUCCAUACGUGUGGGCCGCAUGCGUUCGAAUGCCACAAACAUCAUUGAUCAUGGCAUAAGGCCGAAGUUAUCGAAGCUACCGAUUGGCCAGAAUAUGAACAGAACCAAAUACAGGCUGACAGAGGAUGACAAAACCAUGUGGGUGACCACCGCCACAGAGGUAAUUGGAGUGCAAAAGAAAUACAUACAACAAAUGGGCAUGGAUAUGGAUAAUUAUUUUAAUCCCCAGUUUCCCGACAAACAGAAACAUAUUAAAACCGUUGGGCAGUUAGAUAAAAAAGUAUCGAAGCCGCCAAAACUUGCCACAAUACCUGAAGAACCAGAAGCGGAACAGGCUUGUGCCCUUGAGUUGCUGCAAUCUGCGGAUUUUAUCAAUGCUGUGGAGCUGCAAAGCGGCGCUCAAGCCGCCAAUGCUGUCAGGGAGUGUCUGAUGAAUCGUCAAAGCGAGGCCGAUAGCAGCAAAUGGUGUCGAAAGAGCCUGCGACGGCUGCAGGAAGUCACAGGACCAGACACUGUUACGCCCAUCGAUAAUGCCCAGGCUUUGCAUCGUGUUCGAUCAUCUGUGGGUGGCAGCCAUUUCUUUAAAUCUAAGAAAGAAAUUGGUGCUCUUAACAACAAGAAAAAGCCAUUUUCACCCAAAGAGCAAUUGCGGAAAGAAAAUGCUGUAGGCAUGGAGACAAUUAUGAACGAUGGGAAAAUGUCUCUGUCCACAUGCGAUGCUAUAAAAGAUUUAAAUGCGAUGAAGGACACCCAGUCGAAAAGCUCAAGUUCAACUGAAUAUUCAAACGAUAUUUCAGUUAUAUAUGAAAAUGAUGAUUUUAAGCUGAGUACGGAAACCACAACGUCUCAAUCCGAUGGAUAUUUUGCCAUAGAAAAGAAGAAGAAAUGCCGCAAGAAGCAAUACAAGAGCCGUUCAAAGUUCAGGGAAAAUGCUAAUAUUGAACCAAAGAUAGUUACAGGGGGGGACUACUCGGUGACUACCCAAUCAACAACUGAUACCGAAAAAUCACAUGCCAACGAUUUAAACAACAAGAAAAAUAUGUUGAAGCCUUUAAAAAUAAUGCAGAAUAUUUUGUUUGGGCAAGGCGAUGACUCCUUGGACACUCCAACUAAACCUAAAGACAACGGCGCGGAGCAGAUCGAAGCUUCAUUGCAGUUUGCAGAUCGCUCCAAAAGCAAUGAUAAAUUCAAUUGCCUAAAGCUAUUCCAGUCAAAGCGCACCGUCAGCUAUCUAGUUUGGGCUCCAACAAUAUGUGUGCUAGCCAUUUUGUUUCUGGCAUUGGCGCUGUGUGUGCGCUUCAUAUUUGUGGAGCCGGAUCCACCAUAUUGGCAAAAGCUGCUAAAAUUUAUUUACCAAAAGUUAAUGAAAAUCUAAGUUAACAUAUAUAUUUUUUAUUAGAUCCAAAAAUAUAUUUAUUUACUUCAACCAAAACAAACACCAAGAGACACCAAACCAAAACAAAGCAACCCUUGACUUUGGUGUUAAAUAUUCACCAACCAAAAAUCAUUACCGAUAAAAUUACCGCCCAACUGCAUGGCUCAGUUAAUUCUAGGCCACAUAUAGCGAGCGAUAAUAUUACAUAUGUGCACCGAGACAUCACGCGACAAAGUGCACGAAAAAUAAGUGAGAAAACGAAAGUAUAAAGUGAAGUACUACAACAUUUGCGAGGCAACAAAACUAGCGACAAUACCCGAAGAUACAGAAGUGCUGCCAACGCGCAAUAGAUCUGCGAUGAACCCAACAAAUGGGCAAUAUCUCAGUGCCAACGAUGCACGUUUAAAGUUAAAGAAAAAAUCAAAGAUGAACACUACAGAUGAAAACAAUCCAAGCGCUGCCAACGAUGCACGUUUAAAGCUCAAGAAAAAAUCAAAGAUGGAGCCUACAGAUGAAAACAAUCCAAGCGCUGCCAAAACAGCCAAAGAUGCGCGUUUAAAGCUUAAGAAAAAUUCAAAAAUCAAACGGCAGAUCCAGCAAAAUUCAAAGAUGCAUCCGCAGAUCAAGCCAAUUUCAAAGAUCCAAUGGGUUUCCAUUGUGCGGCAUCCGAGACCAAAGUUUGCUCUAAUCUUAGAAAAACCAGAAAAAGAAAAAGCUUUGUGCGGCGAAUUGUUAGUUAAUGCUGCCAUUCCAGCUCCAAAAAGAUAUAAAUUAAUGAGUAGAAACCAUGCAAAGCACGGCCUAACCCGAAAGGACAAGCUAAUGACUGUGUUGGGUGCAGUUUUAUUCAUCUUAUGGGUACUAUUUAUGAGCUGCUGGACGCCGAAGCCACCAAGUCAAAACUUUUGGUAACCAUUCUGGACAUAUUUAUUCAACAAAAUAUUUAUUUAUAUUUUAUAUUUAGUUUAUAUUUUGUUAGAUUAAAUGUUGUUGUGCAAA